AGUUUGAGUUAGGCAACAAGUGAAGGGUUGAUGGAUGGCAAACGAUGAUGUUUACUUCUCAUAACUACUUCUGUCGUGCAUUUCUUUGUCAUUGAUUCCACUUCUGCAUUUAAAGUUUAAGGAAAAUCAAUUUCAGCUCAUCUUUCGUUGUCAGAGACAUUUCAGCCAUCUUCAUCUGACAUUCAUCUAUUAACCAAAAAUGAGCAACACAAAAAGCUUUGGAUACAGCAUCUACACUUUCCCUGAUCGUGUGAUGCCGGUGGAUCUGGCCAUGCAUGCACAGAUUAGCCCACCGGUGUCUCAGCUCCUUGGCAUGUCUGCUCUCAGGGCUUCUCCACCCAGCGUGUCCUCACCAGAGCUUCAACGAGCCAGCCUUUUACCCCCUUCCCCUACAUCUUCACUAUCUUCAUCCAGCUCUGCCAGCUCCCUGUCCUCAUACUCUCCUGGCAGCAGCACAUCACGCAAGAAGAAGCGAGUCGUGUUCGCUGAUGAUAAAGGUCUCGCUCUCACAUCCGUGCGCAUCUUCAACACUGACCCUUCGGAGACGGAAACGGAAGACGCCCCCCAACCUGAGGAGCAUGUGAAGCCUAGAACGCCCAUGCAGAGCGUGAGACUGCGACUUAAGCUUGGUUUUCCACAGCCUGUUGCAGACCGUGCAAGCUUGAAGGAAACCUUAGUGCAGAUGGAGAGCUGUAGCCUGAGCGAAAGGGAGUUGAGCGGGACAGUACGGGUCUGCAACAUUAAAUUCGACAAGAAUGUGUUCAUUCGCAUAACUUUUGACUCAUGGCGAAGUCAUAAAGACAUUGCAUGCACUUAUGUAAGGCAACCAAAUGCAGGUUUGGAGACUGACUUGUAUUCUUUUAAUGUGUCGCUACCGUCCGAUCUGGACCCGAAAGAGCGUCUGGAGUUUCUAGUGGUGUUCCAGCCCGGCAAUAGCAAGCUGCAGCUCGUGGACAACAACAAAGGUAAAAACUACCACAUUUUUAUGGAAACCAGGGUGCCGGAACCUCGGCUGGUGACGACAAGCAGACGAAACUUCGUUAUACCAAGUCCUCAGCGUUAUUCUGCAUGGCCCGGGGUCAGAGGUCAGGAACUACAUAGGAUGAGACACCUGCCUUGCAAAGGCCUGCCCUACACAGACCAUCUGUUAAACAGGACCUGGGGAAGAAUGGCAAAUGUUUCUCCGUUAUGUUAAAACGGGACGGGAUUUAAUUGCAAAUUAAAAAACGUGCAUAAAUGGAGCGAUUGUAUGCACCAUGUUAUACAUUACGCUUGAAUGGACACAACGCUUGCUGGUUUGCACAAAUGUGAAUGUUUACUUUGAUAUGUACAUUUAAAUGUAUUUGAAUUGCAUUUACUUUGCACAUUAUACAUUCCUUCUACAGCUAAAAUAUAAGUUUUAAGGGAACCUGGCUCACUUUCCCUCUCACCUGCCUUUUUUGUAUCUGAAGAGCUAAACUGACUUGUAAAAGUGGUGUAAAUUAAUUCUUUGUAUAUAUGUAUUGUAUGAUUAUGUAUUUAUUUUGAAGUCUACUAUUAAAAAGAAACUGCUUUCCAUUGAACUUGA